GGGUUUGGUACAGAAAUGAAAAAAAGAAAGAAAGAAAGAAAGAAAGAAAGCGGUGCCUUUGCAUUCCAAAGCCAUGUGUCACACAGGGGAGCGGCGCAGAGGCUGCUGGGACUUGUAGUUUUCUCUCCUGUGGGAUAAAGGUGUGUCUCCCAAAUGCCUCUCCUUGCGAUGGCUUAUCUGAGAAAAUGGGAAUUGUAAUCCAAGUUUGGGGAACGAUGGGAAGUGUAGUCCAACUCUGAGAAUGAUGGGAGUUGUAGUUCAAGUCUGGGAAUGAUGGGAAGUGUAGUCGAUGUAUGGGAACGAUGGGAAUUGUAAUCCAAGUCUGGGAGUGAUGGGAAUUGUAGUCUGAGUUUGGGGGAUGAUGGGAAGUGUAGUCCAAGUCGGGAAAUGAUGGGAAGUGUAGUCCAAGUAUGGGAGUGAUGGAAAUUGUAGCCCAAGUUUGGGGGAUGAUGGGAAGUGUAGUCUAAGUCUGGGAAUGAUGGGAAUUGUAGUCCAAGUCUGGAAAUGAUGGGAAUUGUAAUCCAAGUCUGGGAGUGAUGGGAAUUGUAGUCUGAGUUUGGGGAAUGAUGGGAAGUGUAAUCCAAGUCUGUGAAUGAUGGGAAUUGUAAUCCAAAUCUGGGAGUGAUGGGAAUUGUAAUCCAAAUCUGGGAGUGAUGGGAAUUGUAGUCCAAUUCUGGGAAUGAUGGGAACUGUAUUCCAAGUCUGGGAAUGAUGGGAAAUGUAGUACAAGUCUGGGAAUGAUGGGAAAUGUAGUACAAGUCUGGGAAUGAUGGGAAUUGUAGUCAGAGUUUGGGGAAUGAUGGGAAGUGUAUUCCAAGUCUGGGAAUGAUGGGAAUUGUAGUCCAAGUCUGGGAGUGAUGGGAAUUGUAGUCUGAGUUUGGGGAAUGAUGGGAAGUGUAGUCCAAUUCUGGGAAUGAUGGGAACUUAUUCCAAGUCUGGGAAUGAUGGGAAUUGUAGUCCAAGUCUGGGAGUGAUGGGAAUUGUAGUCAGAGUUUGGGGAAUGAUGGGAAGUGUAGUCCACGUCUGGAAAUGAUGGGAAUUGUAGUCCAAGUCUGGGAAUGAGGGGAAUUGUAGUCUGAGUUUGGGGAAUGAUAGGAAGUAUAGUCCAAGUCUGGGAGUGAUGGGAAUUGUAGUCCGAGUUUGGGGAAUGAUGGGAAGUGUAGUCGAAGUCUGGGAAUGAUGGGAAGUGUAGUCGAAGUCUGGGAAUGAUGGGAAGUGUAGUCAAAAUCUGGGAAUUGUAGUCCACGUCUGGAAAUGAUGGGAAUUGUAGUCCAAGUCUGGGAGCAUUAUGGGAACUAUAGUCCAGGUGUGGGGUGAUGGGAGUUGUAGUCCCUUCCUUGAUCCUUUCCCAGGCUGUUGGUUUGGAGCAGGGGGUCCCAUUGAUGCUUUUUCCCCCGUGGGGAUGAUGGGGUGGGUAGUCCCCAAAAGGCGUGCUCUUAGGACAGGCAGGGGCAAAGAAGGCAGGCAGGCAGCCAGGCGCUCUGCCCAUGCUCAGGAACCCUGGAGGCGCCUCUUCUUGGCGGAGGGAAGAGAGGAAUGUGGGAAGGAGGGAAGAAGAAGAGAGGGAGGAGGAAGAGGAGGGACUACCUGUGGCCUUGCGACAGAAGAGGGAGGGAGGGAAGGAAGGAAAGAAGGAAGGAAGGAGAAAAAGAAGAAGGAAGGAAAGAAGGGCGAAACCUGGUCGGAGAAGGAGAAGGAGAAGGAGGAAAAGAAGAAGAAGAAGGAGCCCAGCAGGUCGCUGCCGGACGCCGGACGCCGGUGGCUGACGGCGCUGGACUCCCGGGCGGCCGCCAUGGCCAGCGAAGAGGCCGCCAGCAUCCAGGACUUCCUGGACCGCAGCUUCCAAUCCGUGGCUUCAAGGCACAUGGACCUCAAGCAACGGGAGGUGGACACGGCGGCGGCCAAAGUGGACGAGCUCUCGAAGCAACUGGAGUCUCUCUGGACGGACAACCCCAGUCCCGCGGCCACUCUGGCUAAGGCGAAGGAGCGUUUCAGCCUGGGCAGCGUCCCUUUCCACGAGGUCUUGCUGAAGUCGGACCCCCCGCUGCCUUCCUCCCCCCGGAAAAGCGCUUCCUGGGAGGCUGCCAAGAGCAACUACAUCCCGUUUGCCUUUGCCGGCGGCGAGGGUCCGCAGAGCGCUCCUUUCUACGGCUCCGCGCCCAACAAGCCUUCCUUGGGCCGACCCGUCUCUCCGCGGCCGUCCUUCUUCCUGCAGCCGGAGCUGGACCGCAGCCCGCUCUCCCCGGCCGCUCCGCCCGCGAGGCCCAAAGUGAUGCCCGUCCCGUACGAGCCCCCCGUGGUCCACGCCUCCUCCCCGCGCUCCCUCCGCCCGGAGCGCCAGUACGACUACAAGCCCUACGGGUCCCUGGGGCGGGAGGGCUCUCCGCGGAUGCCGGCGGCCGAAGCGUCCGGAGCCCCGCAGGCCUUCUUCCCAGACCGGGUGCCCUCCCCGAGGCCCCCGCUGCCGCCCCCGUACGAAAGCCACAACCUGUACCCUUCGGCGCCCAGCAACUUCGCACCGUUCCGGGCUCAAGAUGACCUGGCGCUCCGUCGGAGAGGGACCAAAGGCUGGAACGAAUCCGACCUGGACGUGGCCUAUGAGAAGAAGUCUGUCCACUCUGUUGGUUACGACCGAGGUGACUCUCUCCUCGGACUCCGCCAGAACAGCCCGGGCUUGUCGCUCGCUCCUUGGCGGGAAUCGAGUUUGGACGGGAGCCUUGGGCAAAGCAAGGAGGGUCUUUUUGGAACACACAGCGCAACGUUGCCGCGCAACUACAAGGUCGGUCCGCCAGCAUCCGAGAGACGCCCAGAGGCCUCUUCGUCCUUCCGCCGCUCUCUGCCGGCCAACCCCGCCGGGACGUUGCCACGCAACUGGCAGCCAGUCUCACGCAUCCCCAUGCCGCCCCCGGGACCCCCGCCGGGGCUCCCCCAGCGCCACAAGCCCCUGCCGCUCUCCAUGAUCUUCCGCCUGCAGAACGCCUUCUGGGAAUACGGCAACACCGGAAAGAAGUUCCCUCUGGGGCCGGCGGCGGGCUCCCCGCUUCUCCUCCGCUCGCUGCAAAAGCAGGUCCUUCCGCAGGCCUUUGCCCCUGGACAGCACUCCACUCGGAUAGCCCCACCACCUGCAAACGAAGGAACGAGGGCCGCCGUCCCUGUGGCCGAACCCGUCCGCAAUGUGCCCAUCACCUUGACCGAGCCGGACCCCGAACUGGAGGGUCUGCUCCUCCUUCCGGGGGGCGAGGCUUCAGAGAUGGAGGCCCUGGCCCGGCCCUUGAGCCCCACGCGGCUGCAGCCGGUCCUGCCCCCGGAGGCCCAGAAGGUGCCCGAGUUCGAGGAGGUGGCCCGCGUCCUGGCCGAGAUGCCCCGGCCCCUCAAGCGCCGCGGCUCCAUGGAGCAGAGCCCCGGCCCGGCCCUCCCGCCCACACACAAGAAGCAGUACCAGCAGAUCAUCAGCCGCCUCUUCCACCACCAGCAACAACCGCCGCGCAAAGAGGAGCCCGGCGUCCCGGCCGGAGAGGCCGAACUCCCGCCCAUCAGCGAAGCCGCCGAGCAGAAGGCACCGGCCACGGCCACGGCGUUGGGGUCAUCUCCUGCUCCGGCCACACCGACCAUCGCUCCGGCGUCUCCUCUUUCUCCUCCUCCUCCGCCGGAUAGUCCCGUCGCUCUCACACCGCUGCCCAGUCCGGAGAAGCGCUCCGUCUUGCGCAAGGUCUCCUCUCCACGGAAGCGGCUGCUGAAGAAGGCCCGGCUCAACCCCUUGGUCCUGCUUCUGGACGCGGCCCUGACCGGCGAGCUGGACGUGGUCAAGGAGGCGGUCAAGGAGCUGAACGAUCCAAGCCAGCCCAACGACGAGGGCAUCACCGCCCUGCACAACGCCAUUUGCGGCGCCAACUACAACAUUGUGGACUUUCUCAUCAACAUCGGGGCCAACGUCAACUCCCCGGAUAGCCAUGGAUGGACCCCCUUGCAUUGCGCAGCGUCCUGCAACGACACGGCCAUCUGCAUCGCCCUGGUCAAGCACGGCGCGGCCAUCUUUGCCACCACCUUCAGCGACGGGAGCAUGGCCAUUGAGAAGUGCGACCCCUACCGCGAAGGGUACAACGAGUGCUUCAGCUACCUGGCAGACGUGGAGCAGAGCAUGGGGCUGAUGAACAACGGGGCCGUGUACGCCUUGUGGGACUACAGUGCCGAGUUCAAGGACGAGCUCUCCUUCCGCGAGGGCGAGCCGGUGACCGUCCUGCGGCGAGACGGGGCGGAGGAGACCGACUGGUGGUGGGCCUCCCUCUACGGACAGGAGGGAUACGUGCCCAAGAACUACUUCGGGCUCUUUCCUCGGGUGAGACCUCAGCCAAGAAUGGGAUGAAGUUUCUAUAGCAUUGACAUCCAGAACAGAAGCCGAAAAGUAUAUAUAUCUGGACCUGGAAAAAUAUGGGGGAAAGGACACCUUUUUGGCCCCGAUCCCAACGAAGAAACCUGCAAGAAGCAAGGACUUUUCCCUCUGUUUUGGCUCCUCCUAAAACCUCUUUAUGACUGGAAGAACAUGAAUGAGAGACGACAGUGGAGCCGGACUCACCCCAUGUCCGUCAUAUUAUUAUUAUUAUUAUUAUUAUUAUUAUUAUUAUUAUUAUUAUUAUUGUUAUUAUUAGAGAACGUUGAAUGUAGCUGCCCCUUCCAUUAGAACCAAUGCUGUUUGGCAGUGGAAUCUCUCCUUCUCUGGAGGUUUUGAAGCAGAGGCUGGAUGGUUAUCUGUCGGGAGGAGUCAGAUUGUGUUUUCCUGUCUAGUAAAAAGGAGUUCAUUUGGAUGAUCCUCAGGUAUCUCUUCCAGCUCUUUAUCAUUCCAGGAUUCAAUCAAAUGAAUAACUAUUUGAUCCAAUUGCUUUAUGGGAGAACUGGGUCAGACUAGAUGGUCUUUAGGGUCCCCUUAUAAUAUGUGAUCCUAUGCUUCUAAGUGCAGAUAGACUAAAAAACAUUAGUGGGAAAGGGGAUGCACUGGUCUCUCGGAUUGGCCACAUUUCUAUGAUUCUAUCUUGCUCUUUAAUCAAAGGCUGGAUGGCCAUCUGUCGGGAGGGAUCGGAUUGUGCCUUCCUGCCUAGCAAAAAGGGGUUGAACUGGAUGCCCCUCCGGCUCUAAUCAUUCUAGGAUUCACUCAAAUAAAUAACCAAUUUGAUCCAACUGCUUUAUGGGAGAAAGGGGUUGGACGAUGGCCUUUGGGGAUCCCUUCUGUAAAGGUGCAAACCACCAAAGACUCAGGGAGGAGACCUUUUACUUUAACUUGGUUUAAAAUAUAUGCGACAGAGGCUUAGAUGUUGGAAGAACAAUAACAAGUUUAUUCAGGCACAAAGCUUAGUGGUUACAAUGUUGUUUCUCACGUAGAGGUAUUCUUAUUAACAGUUACAAUACUAGAAUGAGAUGAAUCAACUCUCUAAAGUAUCACUUCUUUUACUUAAAGUAGUUAAAACCUAUUCCUCUGCUCCUUUCUGUUACUUCAAAACUUGGACUAUCCAGUGACUUCAAACCACAGUCACCCGUGUGAUAUACUAUCACAGAUUCUCUGUGCCUUACCAGGACACAGACUACAUUAAAUAAGUCACCAAACUUAUUUAAAACUGACUCAAAAUGAACAAUUGAGUCUCCCUGAUCCCAUCAACCUGGAAUCAAUCUUCCCUGUGCCUCAUCAGAGCACAGACUGACUCUUUUUUUUAAACUCUGCACUUCUUCAACUAAAGGGCAGUUGGCUCCUCCUACUUCUCCAUGGCAACCAGCCUCUGAGUGCUGAGAUGCAAUAACUGUAAUACUUACCCUUUUAAAACAUAAACACACAAUUAAACAUAACAUCUGUAAACCAAAAUUCGUACUUCAUUACACCUUCUAACGUAUGAUCCUAUGCUUCUAAGUGCAGCUAGCUAUUCCAUUGACUCAAAAGCAUUAGUGGUUAGCCAUAGAAAAAGGAUACAUUAGUCUCUCAGAUGGUUACAUUUCUAUGAUACUAUCUUGCUCUUAAGCAAAGACUGGAUGGCCAUCUGUCAGGAGGGAUCAGAUUGUGCCUUCCCACCUAGCAGAGGUUGAACUGCAUUGGGAAAUGUAAAAUAAUCCCUUGGACGGACAAUAAUUUUGUAUCCUGCCUUAAUGUACAUAGCAGCGGAAAUCAGUGAUAGGUCAAGCUCAAUGGGCAGUGCAUCUAUACUGUGGAAUUAACGCAGUUUGAAACCAUUUUAACUUCCAUGGCUCAUUGCUGUAGAAUCCUGGGAGCCGUCGUUUCCCAAGGUCUUCUGCCUUCUCUGUAAAAAAAUAAUGCAAACUAUAGCUCCCAGGAUUCCAUCACACUGAGCCAUGGAAGUUAAAGUGGGAUCAAACUGUGUUAAUUCUACAGUGUAGGUGCACCCUGUUUCUCAUUAAACUGGAGCCAGAGUUGGCGUUUUUUAGGGGAUUUAAAGGGUAUUUUAUGAAUUUUUUAAAUGUUUCUUUUAGGUACAGAGACAGUGUUGUCUGUAUAGUUAGCGCUUCCUUGUCCAUGAUUUUUGUUGUAUUUUUGGGGAGGAAAUCCUCCUUUCGAGUGUAUUGCCAAACUGUAGCAAUAACUAUUAAAGUCAAACUUAUAAAAAUGAA